AUGCCUAUUGAAGGUUCAUCAAAGACCCAAUAUGUGUUUCUGGACAAAAUAGGUGAUGGCGCGUUCGGUCAAGUCUUCCGAGCCAGGGACAAGGCCACUCGACAAAUUGCAAGUCUUGUCGCUAUAAAGACAGUCAGGCACAAAUCCCUUAAAGUCCAAGACACAUCCGACUACAGCCUUCGUGAAUACAGAUCACUCUCUCGCCUCGAUCGCCAUCCCAACAUUGUCCAACUCUACAAGACAUUUGUAGCAACCGCUGACGAACUCCAUCUUGUCAUGGAGUAUAUUAACGGUGGCAACCUGUACCAACUCAUCCAUAAACGAUCCACACCGUUUGAGCAUGUCGACAUUCGACGUAUAUUCCGCCAAAUAUUACAGGCACUUGAACACAUCCACGGACAGGGUCUCUUUCAUCGCGACCUUAAGCCAGAAAACAUUCUCGUUUCCAACCUACCGUCCGGCGAAAGCGUCAUCAAACUGGCCGACUUUGGACUCGCACGACCGAUCGGCAGUCAAGGGCCGUACACGGACUAUAUUUGCACACGUUGGUAUCGAGCACCAGAGAUCCUCUUGCGCGCACGCACGUACUCGUAUCCAGUCGACCUGUGGGCAGCCGGCACCUUGUUUGCUGAACUCAUCACAUUAAACCCGCUCUUUCCCGGCAAUACCGAGAUUGACCAAUUAUACCGCAUUUGUGCCGUUCUGGGAAGUCCCGGAAAAUCCAACGCCAUCCUCACUCGGCGGACUAACAAUACCAAACGACCGCAAGAAAAACUUAGCCCUGGCUUUGCUCGCCAGCCGAACAAUGCAUCGUCACUUCUUUCGUCAUCCAUGCCAUCCACUCUGAAUGGACACGUAUCAGCUCCUCAAGUAGUAGCAGACUACAAUAACGAUAACGAGUGGCGUGAGGGCGCCAAACUAGCCAAUCGCAUGGGCUUUGCGUUUCCUCAGACGACCGGCACGCCAUUACAAAGCAUAUUUCCAACAGCAUCUCCAUCCAUGAUUGAUUUACUACGCAAACUCUUAUAUUACGAUCCUCAACGACGUAUUGCCGCCUCCGAGGCACUUGAACAUUCUUUCUUUCACGAAGAUAAACGACCGCGUGUUAUUGUCGAAGAAGAAGAAGAAGACGACAACGACGCGUUAUUACGACGACCCAACAAAAAAAUCACAAAACGACCGAGAAUGGAUGAGAUUGAGGCAGUGGAUCUGCUGACAGUACCUUCUGUACCUCUUCAAGUGUGUCCAGACUGGGAUAUGUAUCACCACAACAAUCACAACCACAACAAUAGCAAUUAUUACCAUCCUCCUCAUCCAACCACCGCUGUAGCGCCAGUAGCAACAACUGCUGCCAUGGUUCCUAUCCAGCAUCAUCAUCAUUAUUUGGACACUGUUGCACAUUACGGUAAGCAACUGACGACGUGGCAGCAACACAAACUCGCGUCGUAUACGAAUGGUGCUACUAGCAGCAGCAGCAACAACAACAAACAUGCAUCGGAUACCUUGUAUACUAUUUCAUCCCCUUAUCCUACGGUCACAACCACCACCACUGCUAUUACACCAGCCCACGCGCUGGCAGAAUGCCCAUCCUCCUCUUCAUCCACAGACGAAAGGUAA